UAUAUUAUAGGUACUUAUGUGGCAUCUGCAGUCUGCGCGUACAACAAUAUUAUCGUGGCCUGUGCAGCGAUCCACGGCCGACCGGUUGACCUUCUAAUUAUGUGUCCCCCUCCGUUAAAAUGUAAGUAAUAUAUUAUUUUGUAGGCAGUGCGACACAAAACAGGUUGAAGAAUUUCAACGAUAACCACUAGAAAACUGGUUGUUUAGACGACGAAAGCGGCGAGACACGCUCGACUAGUUUUUACAAAGAGUUGUAACAGUUCUGAUUAUUUUCAAGACUUUUUUUGCUAAAGACAUUCAUUCCAUUCAACAUCAUGAAAUAUUCAAUGAUAUUAUGUUUAUUGGCGGUUGUUUUAAUACAACAAUGCAUGAGUGCUCACGUUCAUCACGAAGGAGAGAAAAAUGAUGAAAAUCACGAAACUCACAUGAGCCAUGAAGUAGAUGACCAUAAAAGCCACAAACAUAAAAAUUGUGAUCACCCAUUCCAUAAGGUGGUAGAUCACACUGGCCAUAACCAUGGACUUAUUGGUAACCCAAUUACUGAUGUCCCAAAAUAUGAUAACCCAAAAUAUGACCACCCAAUUUAUGACAACGGAUUUAGUGGAAGUGACGGAAUUCAUGAUCACAAAGAUCUCGUUCUCCAAAAAUUUAGAAAGGGUCAAAUGCCGUAUUAUCAAUAAAGACAAGAGCAUACGGGCCAUCAAUAAUAAUCAUUAUACAAACAUCGUAUUUAAUAUAAUAUAAACGCAUGUUUUAAAUCUUUGUUUUUGUAUAAAUAAAUUCACUUCGUUAAAUUACUUAAUAACAAUAUUAUAAUUACAUUAGACUAGAUGACAUGUUGUCAAUACUUGAAAUAAUAAUACAAAAAUAAAUGAUCCUAUUAUAAAAA